AUGGAAGACACCAGACGGGCAGGCAUAAAACUAAACAGAGAUAAAUGUCACAUAAAAAGCAGAGAAUGCAAUUUCUAUGGUAUGCUAUACACCGCUGAAGGAGUUAAACCAAGUCCAGACAAAGUCAGAGCCAUAGAAAUGAUGCAGCCUCCAAAUGACAAGAAAGAACUGCGAACAUUUCUUGGUCUUGUUACAUACAUGGGUCCAUUCAUACCCAAGCUGUCAGACCACACAGCAUCACUGAGAGAACUCAUCAAAGACAACUCAGAAUUCGUUUGGACGCCAACACACACAAAGAGUUUCGACAAAAUAAAGAGCCUUAUCAGCGCCGAGAUAACACUCGCAUACUAUAACCAAAAGAAACCAGUCAUUCUUGAAGUUGACGCUUCAUCCAAGGGUUGGCCAGACAGCAUCAAGAAAGUACUAUCAGUUCUACGACCAUACUGGUCAGUACGUGACGACAUAUCCAUUGAGGAUGGCACAGUUCUGACAGGUAGCAGAAUACUCAUUCCCACAGCAUUGAGAGAUGACAUCUUACAACAAAUACACAAAGGUCAUCUUGGAAUGGAGAAAUGCAAACUGAGAGCAAAAUCCAGUGUCUACUGGCCAGGAAUCUACAAGGACAUAGACAAUCUUGUCGCAAAUUGCACCUCGUGUCAGAAAUUUCACAACUUGCAGCAGAAAGAGCCAAUAAUUCCUACAGAAGCCCCACCAAGUCCGUGGCACACUGUUGGAGCUGAUUUAUUCUACACCAAUAACACUUGGUAUCUCAUUAUCGCAAACUAUUACUCAAAAUUCCCAUUCAUACGAAAACUAGAAAACCUUCGAGCAAGUACAAUAAUCCGACUAACUAAGGUAUUAUUUGCAGAACAAGGCAUACCAGAAUCCUUUAUCUGUGACAACGGUUCACAAUUCACGUCAAGAGACUUUAGAAAUCUAGCUAAUCAGUAUGGUUUUGAAAUUAUAACCUCUUCACCAUACUACUCAAAGGGCCAUGGAUUCAUUGAGCGCCACAUCCAAACA